AUGGUUCUGGAAAAAACCGAAUACGGUAAGUUUUUUGGAGAUUUUGCAGUAUAUUCUUGUAAAUUACUGUAAGAAGAGGUUUUUUUUCACAAGUUACAAUAAAAAAAUAGUUUUUUGUAACUUACAGUAGGAAAAUCGAUUUUUUACAGCUUACAAUAAGAAAACGUAUUUUUUUACAAAUUACAGUAGGAAGACGAAUUUUCUGAUUUUACUGUUUGACACAAUACUGUUACUUUAUUUUUAUGUAUUUUUCGUUACUUUGAGUUUAAAAAAAUAUUUUUCAAUUAAAAAAAUUUUAAAUUUUAAAAAAUCCCUUCCUUACCCCAAAAACAAAGAUACGAUAUUUACAGACGCUCCUGUAUAAAUAUUGGAACAUACCACCAUGUUUCGCUCCCACUUUUUUUGGACAAAAAGUUUAACUCCAAAAACAAUAAAUUUUUAAACAUGUUUUGUUUUGGCCCCCGAGGCCAUUGUUUCGUCUUUUUUCCAAAAUGACAUUCACCGAAUACGUUUCCAUAUUACUACUAAUUUGUUAUUGUAAUCGCUGUUCGUUUUUACGGAACAAUCGAAAAAAUGCGCUUUAUUUUAUUAUUAUGUGUCGCGGUAAAAUCAAGAGCUUGUGUAUGUUAUUGUAGUAUGACGAGCGAAAAGUUGGAAGAAAAUUAAAAUUUUGACAAUAACAAGUAGAUUACUGGAACAAACGUGGAAGCGAAGUAGUUGAUUUUGAAUUAAAUUGUGUUUUCAGUAGUUUUUGUGACCUUAAAAAGCCUUUCACAGCUGUUUUUUUUUUUGCUUUUGACCUAGUGUAAUAUAAAAAACUUUUUGAUUGGUUUUUAAAUUUUUAAUAAAAAAUGAUUAUUAAUAAAGCAUAAAAAUGUCUAUUUUACGCUUUAUUCAGCUUAUUUGCAAAGUUGCAGUGAUUUAAACGCGAACAUGUAACUAAUAUUGAGUCCCACCACGAAAACAUAGCUUGCCAAAAAUUCGUGGCAUUCCGUAUUUAAACGAAAAACCCGAAAAUUUUGAAAAGUUUUUGAUCAAACCGCUCGGAAACCGAAAAACUAUUCGAAAAGAGCUUCUAAAAAUUUUUUCCACGGUUAGUUUAUAGCGCUUCCGUGACGAAAGCAUCCGAAUCCCCGGAUAUAAAUCUGCGUUUGAAGAUUUGUCCUUUCGUUUCGGUUCUGCUAGAACAACAUCUCGUUUUCAAGGUUUCUGUGGGUAAUCUGUGGCGGGUUUGUUUCUGAUUUAUUGAUUGGUUUGGGAAAGGUUAAGCAUAUAAAGUUUAAAUUUGCGGAAUGUCGUGAUAUUAUAAUUGGUAAUGAGGGGGUGAUAUUGUUUUACAUUGACAGGGCAAAUGUAUGGGUAACUGAGAGGCUGGAUGAUUAUGAAAAGGUUAUGAGUGUAUUAGGGUUACUUUGAGGGUAAAAUUACUGUUUUAUACUUAAAGCUUUGUUUUUAAAUUAAGUUUUUGUCUAAGGCACUGCUUGACUGACCUAAGUAAUAUCGUCUCGAAUAUUUUUAAAUCUAUAUGGUAUUUAAGUUUUCAUAUUUCCAAGAAUUUAACGCUAAUUUUUUCAGAGACAGACAGUGAAACCUAUCCGUCGUCGGAUGUGGAGCAGUGUGUUGUCGAAGGUCCAGAGGAAAUUCAGACGAUUUUGAGUAAAAUGGAAGCGUUAAAUCGGUUAAACGAGUCGGAUGAGCGAAGUGUAACAUCAAAAAAGUCUCAUGACUCAUCGUCAGGCUCUCAACAGCCAGCAUCACCUACACAUGAGGUGAAGAAGGCUGACGAUGAAGAUGAAAAUGUAGAUUUGUGGACAGUUUGGGGGAAUUUGAUUAAAAGCUGGGAAUAUGAGAUGAAAAAACGGCCAAAUUGUGUUAAGGUAAGAGUUUAUGUUUUUGUUUAUGGUUUAGGAAAGGUUAUGGUUGAGAGUUUGAGAUAUAAAAUGAAAUAUGAAGCAUGUUAUAUUGGUUUAGAUGGCUAAGCGUUGAGAUUAUUUUUUUUGUAAAAUACGAUGAGUUCUGUAAUUUCUGUUAAUUUAGGAGUUAGUACGACGAGGAAUUCCGCAACAUUUCCGAACGAUAGCAUGGCAAUUGUUGGCUGGAGCAGCUGUGACCAAGAUCCAUGAUCAAUAUACAGAGUACCUCAGACAAAGCUCGCCGUAUGAGAAAGUAGGCUUUUAUCUUAUUUUUUUAAAUCAUAAUACAAUUUCUUGGACUAAAGUCAUUUUUUUGCAUUGGAAAUGAGGAUUUUUCAUUGUUUUAAAUUUUAGUUGAUUAUGCGUGACAUUCCUCGAACCUACCCAGAGCUCGACUUCUUCAAAGACGAAGGCAAAGGGCAGCAACAUCUGUUCAAUGUAAUCAAAGCCUAUAGUGUACAUGAUAAGGAAGUUGGCUACUGUCAAGGGUCAGCGUUUAUCGUUGGUCAGUUGUUGUUGCAGAUGCCAGAAGAGGAAGCUUUUGCUGUUUUUGUAAAAUUAAUGGAAAACUACCGCCUAAGGGAACUUUAUAAGCCUACUAUGACUGAGCUUGGCUUGUGUAUGUUCCAAUUGGAGUGUUUGGUACAGGAACAAAUGCCAGACCUUUAUAUGCAUUUUAAUAACAUGGGUUUUGACACCAGUAUGUACGCGAGUUCAUGGUUUUUGACAUUGUUUACUACUACACUGCCUUUGGACUUGACGAAUCGGAUUAUGGACUUGUUUUUGGUUGAUGUAGGUAUCUUUAUGGACUAAAACGAAGAUUUUUGGCGAAAAAACUGGCUUUAUGUCUUUUGAAUGGUUUUUACUGAAAAUUAUAUAAUAUUUGUUACCUAAAAUAUUGGUUUUUUGACGCUGCAUUAAAAAAUAAUGAACCUUAUCUUCAGGGUAUGGACGCGAUCUUCCGCAUAGCCAUGGCCAUCCUACAACAAGCCAGAAUCGAGCUGUUGCGAUUGGACAUGGAGGGAAUGCUCAAGGUUUGAUUUCAAUAUUUAUGGCCUAAUUCUUUGCUUUCUUUCAGUUCUUUCAACGUGAAAUCAGGGAACGAUACGAGAACGAUCAUGAACUGCUCUUCGCCGUCGCGUCCCAUGUCACUUUGAAUGCGAAGAAAAUGAAAAGGUAUGCGGAAAUGACUUUUAAUGAUUCUAUGUUAAUAUGGGAUUUCUUGAGAUGUUUUCGGGCUUUGUAAUGUGAUAAGGAUAUAAUAAUAACUUGUAAAGGUAAAAUACGCAUUAUGUAAUGUGCUACUUUAUAGGCUAGAGAAGGACUACAUGGCCAAAAGGACGAAAGAACAAGAAGAAGCUAUCGAAUUGAGGGUAAGUUAA